AUGAAGCUCUUGCGAGUCGCUACGGCGGCUGCCCUUGCUCUUGCAGGGCGUGCGGAUGCAGUUUCAACUUUUGAACCGGCACGGCCUCCCGCGGCUCCUCUUGCCGUUAGAGCUCCUUAUCUCAAUGUUUGGCUCAAUGGCCCAAAUGAUGGAAGCCCUAGCGGCUACCUGCCUGGCCAAUGGCCUAGGUACUGGACGCAAGGAAUUCAAGCAUGGCAAGGCUUCAUCAUGGUCGACGGAAAGGCCUACAACUGGAUGGGAGCGGCUCCCGGCGCAGACAAUGUUGACCAAGUGUCACUCAAGUAUACAUCAACUAGAACAACCUUUACCAUGAACGUGGGAGGGUCAGUCCAGAUGGCUGCGGAGUUCUUCUCCCCAGUCUACCCAGAUGACCUCAGAAGACAGUCUAUUCCGUUCUCGUACCUCAAAGUUUCGGUUGUCUCCCUUGACGGGCGGCCACACAAUAUCCAAAUCUACUGCGAUGUAUCAGGAGAAUGGGCAUCUGGCGACAACUCACAGAUUAUCCGCUGGGAGCACCAAGAGGCAGACGGGGUGCUUUCCCACAAAUUUUAUCGCCAAAAUCAAGACGGCUUUCAAGAGGCUAAUGAUCAGGCAUCAUGGGGCAGCUGGUAUUGGUCGACCGGCCGUAUCAGAGGUGUAACGUAUAAAAUUGGUGCAGAUACAGAUGUCCGCGGCCAGUUCCUGUCCACGGGUACGCUUGACAAUACCAUCGACACCAACUACCGUGCUGUCAAUGACCGUUGGCCUGUGUUUGCUUUUGCACGCGACCUUGGUACAAUCGCGGGAGGGGGCUCCGCAUCUACUCUCUUUACAAUUGGCAUUGCGCAAGAAAAUGCCAUAUUAUUUCAAGGUCGGGGUAGCUCCCCUGAGCAGGUGCCGUCACUUUGGACGAGCUACUUUGAUGAAUCGGACCUCGUUCCAUUCUUCUAUAUGGACUAUGGCUACGCCAGCCAAUAUGCUAACAACCUCGACAACCGUGUUGCAAGAGAUUCUAUCAAGGCUGGUGGACAGGAUUAUCUCACUAUAACAAGUCUUGCCGUCCGCCAGGCUUUUGCAGCCCUCCAGUACACCGGCACUCCGGAUAACGUCAGAGUAUUCCUUAAAGAAAUCAGCUCCAACAGCGAUAUCCAAACGGUGGAUGUGAUUUUCCCUACUUGGCCAAUCAUGCUGUAUUUUGAUCCAAACCUCAUCAAACAUACUCUAUCGCCCCUUCUCGAGAAUCAAGAAAGCGGCCACUACCCGAACAAAUAUGCGAUUCACGACCUGGGUAGAUUCCCUCAGGCUCUUGGCUAUCCGCAGGGCAACGAUGAGGCCAUGCCCCUGGAAGAGUGCGGCAAUAUGAUUAUCAUGAUGCUGUCCUAUGCUCAGAAAACAGGAGACGUAUACUAUCUGAACCAGCAUUGGCAGCUCAUGGCGCAGUGGGCAGAGUAUUUGAUUGAAGAUGCCAAGAUCCCAGCAAACCAAUUGUCCACGGAUGAUUUUGCAGGCCAUCUUGCGAACCAAACCAAUCUCGCCAUCAAAGGCAUAAUUGCUUUGCAGGCCAUGUCGGAAAUAGCCGACCGCACUGGCCAUAGUUUCCUAUCUGACAAGUACUCGGCCAUAGCCAGGGACUAUCUCAACUUUUGGUCUCGCCACGGCAUUAACCGAGCUGCUGUCCCUAACCACAGCGUGCUUCAAUAUGAUUCUGGAACCACAUAUGGAUUACUAUACAAUAUUUACCCGGACAAGGCUCUUGGGCUGAACUUCAUCCCCCAGUCCGUUUAUGAUAUGCAGAGCGAUUUCUACAAGACCAAAGCCAAUAAAUACGGAGUUGUUCUCGACACGCGCGGUACAUUGACCAAGACUGACUGGGAAAUGUUUGCUGCUGCAGUAGCUAAGCCUGACACAAAGGCCAUGUUCAUCUCCUUGAUUGCCAAGUGGAUCAACGAGACGCCAACGUGGCGAGCAUUUACCGACUUGUACGACACGAACACGGGAGAAUAUCCGGGUAACCAGUUUACCGCUCGGCCGGUUGUGGGCGGUGUGUUUGCAUUGUUGGCGCUGUCGUGA